ACAACCAAGAUGGCGGCGGAGCGGACAGCCGGCCCGGCUCGGUGACUGACAGAGGAAGCCUCGCUCGGUCGGACAGCUAACGGUCAGACUCUGAGAGAGAAGGGUGGGAAAAAAAUACGAAUAAAAUAAAUCGAUUAAAAAAAAACACGCAGCCGCAACGGUCACCGCUCACCUUCCCGGCACCGACAGCGCCGCAAUGAAACAGCACCGGUAGACGACACCGGCCGAAGUUGCGUGUCGGGACUAAUUUUGACGCUCGCAAACGGGGGAGUUGGCGGGGAUGGGAGAUGAUGGAGGACAAAGGCCCUCGUGUAGCCGACUACUUUGUGGUGGCCGGUCUGACGGAUCCGUUCAAGCCGUUGGAUCAGGAGAUCCACUUUGAUGAUGUCUGCCACAAGACGGCCAAGCCUAAAGCGCCCAUCACUGAUGUGGCUUUAGUGAUCCGCUCGAUGGGUGAGGAGGUGCCACCAGGGUUCACUUGCAUCGAGACAACACCGACCGGCCAUUCAGCUGAUCUUAACAAUGGUGGCCUCAUGGCUCCCCAGAUCUUCCUGUGCUACAGACGAGGUCGUGACAAGCCACCACUCACUGACCUGGGUGUGCUGUAUGAGUGGAAGGAGCGACUGAAGCAGGGCUGCCACCUCAUCCAGACCACACCCUCCGGUCGUCCAGCCAACAUCAGCGGCAAUUCCUCCCAGCGCAUCUAUGUCACCUAUCGCCGGGCGCCGGAGAGUCAGCCACACGCCACCCUGGCCGUCACUGACGUUUGCAUCAUCAUCCCGAGCAAGGGAGAGACACCUCCCCACACCUUCUGUAAGGUGGAGAAGAAUCUCAACAGCAGCAUGUGGGGCUCCUCUGUCUACCUGUGUUACAAGAAGUCUGUGGCAAAAACCAACACAAUAGCCUACAAAGCAGGUUUAUUCAGCAGAUAUCCAGAGGAGGACUAUGAGUCAUUCCCGCUGCCAGAGUCUGUCCCUCUCUUCUGCCUUCCCAUGGGGGCCACAAUCGAGUGUUGGCCAGCCAACACCAAAUACUCCCUCCCUGUUUUUUCCACCUUUGUCCUCACCGGAGCCUCUGGAGAGAAGGUGUACGGAGCUGCCAUUCAGUUCUACGAGCCCUACCCGCAGGAGUGUCUGACCGAUCAGCAGCUCUCCCAGCUGGGCCUCCUGGGCCUGGAUCCGCACAAACCCUCCUCUUCCAACACUACGGCUGCAGCCACCGACAGUACCACCAGCUACCGCUCGGUCUACACCAACAAGUGUAUCUGUCUGCUCUCCCACUGGCCCUUCUUUGAUGCUUUUCGCAAGUUCCUCACAUUCCUCUAUCGCUACUCCAUCUCUGGCCCUCAUGCCCUGCCCAUUGAGAAGCACAUCUCUCAUUUUAUGCACAAAGUUCCGUUCCCUUCCUCCCAGAGGCCUCGCAUCCUGGUGCAGCUUUCCCCUCAUGACAGCCUGAUGUUGAGCCAGCCAGUGUCUUCCCCUUUACCGCUCAGUGGUGGUCGAUUUUCCACGCUGCUCCAAAACCUCGGACCAGAGAACGCCGUCACCCUCCUGGUGUUCGCCGUCACCGAACACAAGAUCCUGGUGCACUCGUUACGACCGGCCGUUCUGACCAGCGUCACUGAAGCUCUGGUGUCUAUGAUCUUCCCGUUCCACUGGCCAUGCCCGUAUAUUCCCCUGUGCCCCCUGGCAUUGGCUGAUGUGUUGAGCGCCCCCUGUCCAUUUAUUGUGGGAGUGGACUCUCGCUACUUUGAUCUUUAUGACCCUCCACCGGACGUGAGCUGUGUGGACCUGGACACAAACACCAUCUUCCACAAUGAAGAUAAGCGAGCCCUCACAUGGAAGAUCCUGCCAAAGAAAGCCUGUAAAAACCUAAUGAAUGUGCUGAGCAAUCUCUACCAGCAGCUGGUUGACGGUCAGUACAGACCCGAUGGGCUGCUGGAGCUGAGCAUGAGCGAUACGUCAGAGCUGAGCUGUGGGAAGAGCCUUCACACGCUGGAGCUGGAGAUCCAGGAAGCCUUCCUGCGUUUCAUGGCAGCCAUUUUGAAAGGCUACCGUUCAUUCUUACGACCUAUCACCCAGGCACCGUCUGAGAAAGCCACGGACGCUAGCUCGCUUUUUGACUUACAAGGGUUCUUAAAGAGCCGCGAUCGCUCACAUCAGAAGUUCUACUCACUGAUGACCAAGACCCAGAUGUUCAUCCGCUUUAUCGAGGAGUGCUCUUUUGUCAGCGACAAAGACGCCAGCCUGGCCUUCUUUGACGACUGUGUGGACAAAGUGGACAGUGAAAGGCCGGAGGAGUCCAGGCUGAUAGAGAUUGAUGAAUCCCAGCGUAGUGAGCACACAGUCUUCAUCACACCUCCAGAGCUGCCUCCUCUGCCUGAGGGGGAGGAAUAUCCACUCUGCUACAGGUACGAUGGUUUCCCAGUGUUAAGUCUUGACCUGUUUGACCCUGUGGAGGGCCUGCGUACCCCCUCCUCCCGACUCACUGCCAGGCACAGCUGUCCCACCAGCCCCGCCCCUAUGUUUAGACGCACCAAGCAGGAGAUCAAAUUGGCCCAGAAGAUAGCUAAGAAGUACUCCUCCAUCCCUCAGCUGUGGUCCAAGUGCCUGCUACGUCACUGCUAUGGUCUGUGGUUUAUCUGUCUGCCGGCAUACGUAAAAGUGUGCCACUCCAAGGUGAGGGCACUUCGCACCGCCUACGACGUCCUCAGGAAGAUGCAGGCAAAGAAAUUGCAGCCCCCUGACGAGGUCUGCUACCGGGUGCUGAUGCAGCUCUGUGGACAGUAUGGUCAGCCUGUCCUGGCCGUCAGGGUCCUCUUUGAGAUGAAGAAGGCUGGAGUCCACCCCAAUGCCAUCACUUAUGGCUACUACAACAAGGCGGUGUUGGAGAGCACCUGGCCCUCCAGCACCAGAGGAGGAUACUUCCUGUGGAUGAAGCUGAGAAAUGUCAUUCUGGGCGUGGCGCAGUUCAAACAGGCUCUACGACGGCAUGCCCCCCUCACCCAGAGCCCUUUGUCAGAUGGCAGCGACGUGGAUGCUGUGAGUCACGGCAGCCUGGAUAGCUCUGCCGACACUAACCUGGCCGAGCAGAGCCCCUACACCACUGACUCCGUCAAAGUAGACCCUACUGAUGAUAGAUCUAGCACAGGAGAUCAGUCAGAUUUGGGUUAUAACUCGCUGUCCAAAGAGGAGGUUCGGAGAGGAGACCCCAGUGCCCAGGACACCGCUCCUGACAAGGAUGACAAGAAGGAGAGCGACUGCAGCUCUUUGUCAGAGACAGAGAGCGCCAAAGGAAGUAAGGACUGCCUUCCUCAGCUGGACAUGGAGGUCCACUCCUCCUUCAAACCCCGUGGCAUUGUUCGCAGCAGCUGUCCAUACGACGAUGCAUCCUGCAAACCCAAGAGCUCAGCCAGCACAGGCCAUGUUGCAGGUCUCCUCUUCACUUCCUCCCUGGAUGAGAUCGGUGAGGUCCAGACCAACAGUCUGCUCAGGAGACAUAAGAGUGCUCUGGAGGAGGUGGUGGGCAGCGCCAGCAGUGGCUCGACUCUCGACUGGCAGGGCGUGAGGGGCCGCCGUCUGAGCGGAGAUACAGUGGGCAGCGGCAGCAGUGGCACCACUGUCCUCGGCCUGGGUAUGAGCCAGGGUGAAACCGACCCAGAGAAGAUCGCGGGACACCUGGGCGCGGAUGCCAAAAUUCUCUCCGGGGCCAACUUCAGUAAGAGUAAGAGGCCUCGUUCGCUAGCUUUGGGUGGGUUAGCGGGGGCUGCUGCUAAGGUGGGCGCUGCCAGAAGUCUGGCUCACAGGGAGGAGGAAGAGGAAAUGGAGGGACAGGACUCCAGUGAUGAGGACAGAAGUAAUACCGAGGCCAUUUUUGAUUUGGAGGAUCUGGAUUUAGACAAGCCCACCACAGGGCCUGGCAUCAGCUCUCAUAAACCCAACAAACCUCAUAAGAAACUUGUUGCACGCAGCGCCAGCUACAGCGCCAUUAGCAACGUGACAUCCAGAGGAGGUGUCAAGCGCACAGGCAUUGAGAUGGGCUACGACCCUCUCUCACUGCUGGCAGCAGAGUCACAGUCCGAGCAGCAAAGUGAGGAUCGGUACCCAGAAGGGGAUGAGGCCAGCACACCGAGCGCCCGUAGGAACCUGGCCCGGGAGAUAGAGCUCUACAUGAACUACAUGGGCAGCCCACUGAGCAGCCGCACUCCCAGUCUGGACCUGCAGGACCCAGCCAGCCCCCUCCUUCUCCACCCCUCCUCACUCUCAGCCCCCCGCAGAGCCAGCCUGCCCCAGAGCUCCCCACUCAGGACUGCUGGAGUACCACGCUCCCGCACCUACCACCCGCCCUCGCCCUCCCAACCCAUCUCACGCCAACGUCUGUGGUCGUCGCCCCCCUGUCGCAGCUCAAGCACCACCCCCAGCCCCAGCCCUCGACCCAGCCCCUACAGAGAGAGGGCAGACAGGAUGAGCCUGGCGUCGCCUUCACCCUCCUCUUCCUCUUUUGCUCUGGACACUCUGCUCACACCAACGCUGGAUGUCUUCAAGACCAGCGUGUUCUCUGCUGGGAAGGGUGUGGCAGAGAAGGCAAGCCGCUGGUACUCCCGUCUUGCCACUUACACCACACCUACCAAGGACGGUCACAGUGACCGUCUGAGUGUGUCCUCCCUCGGUAUCGGGGAUCCAGACUGCUCCUCCCUGUUGGAUGAGGAGGACUGUGGGGAUUCAGAGAGCUCCAUGGUCUCUUCGCAGAGGAAUGGCCCCGUUGGCCCCGUGGGGCCCCGCAGGAGCCCCAGACGAAGCCCCCUCCGAAGCAGACUGGACAGCCCCACUGCAGCAUCUCUGCUCCCUGGAUGCAUCCUCUCUCCCCCUGGCUUCCCUCUGCCAGACAAGUCGGACCUCGGCUCGUCACGCUACACCAGCAACACCAGCGUCUUCAACAACUACGCCAUGGAGCUGCUGAUCUCCAGCUGUUCUCGCUGUAAGACGUGUGACUGUCUGGUGUACGACGAGGAGAUCAUGGCUGGCUGGACAGCAGACGACUCCAACCUGAACACCACCUGCCCCUUCUGUGGAAACCCCUUCCUGCCCUUCCUCAAUGUGGAGAUCCGGGACAUGCGAGGACCCGGCAGGCUUUUCCUGAAGGGCAGUCCAUCGGUGGACGAGGCAAUGACCUCAUCGUACUCCGCCUCGACAGGUUUGGACACAGGGACGUCUACCUUGUCCACGCCCUGUCCCACAACGGCUGUGUUCCCUCCGUCCCAUGUGGUUGCUGUCCAGGAGUGCUCGGGAGGCGGCAGGACUCGAUCAACCGGGGCGCAAGGUAUCAACAUCCCCAUAGAACGCCGGCAGGGGGCACUGUCCCCCGGAGCGCCCAUGGCCCGCAGCGUCAGCGCCUUCGGUCCUCUGGAUAAAGCAUCCCGACCCAACCGCUGCGUGCCGACGUCAGGCAGCCUGCCCAGCCGUCUCAAUGAAACCACAGAGCCACUGAGCAUGGAGUGGCGGCUCCACAACCCCGAGCCAGUGACGGUUCCCUACCUGAGCCCGUUGGUGUUGUGGAAGGAGCUGGAAAGUCUGCUGGAGAACGAGGGCGACCCGGUGAUCACAGAGGCCGACAUGGUGGACCAUCAUCCCAUCAUCUACUGGAACCUGGUCUGGUACUUCAGACGACUGGAUCUGCCCAGCAACUUGCCCGGUCUCAUUCUCACCUCCGAGCACUGCAAUAGGGACUCCCAGGUUCCUCGUCACUGGAUGUCAGAGGACAGUAAACACGUAUUGAUCCAGAUCCUGUGGGACAACCUCAAGCUGCACCAGGACCCCAUCCAGCCCCUCUACAUCCUCUGGAACACGUACAACGUGGGUUACCCUCUGUCCCGGCCCGUCCCGGAGGAGGAGAAGCCGUUCAGCGAGGAGUUACUGCAGAGCGUGGUGAAGAGCAUCCAGAGGAACGACGUCAGCCGGCCGAUGGCUCAGCUGCUGCAGCUGCUGGGCCAGACGCUCGGGGUCAAAAGGCAAAGGAGUUUGUACAGAGACAUCCUCUUCCUCUCCCUGGUGGCUCUGGGAAAAGAUAACAUCGAUAUUGACGCCUUUGAUCGUGAGUACAAAUUGGCGUACGACCGCCUCGUGCCGAGCCUGGUGAAGCUGACCCACAACUGUGACCGUCCUCCCGGCACGGGGGUGAUGGAGUGUCGCAGGACCUUCGGAGAGCCUUACCUGUAAACACUCACCUUCACACGCCGGGACCGACUCUCACCACCCAGGUCAUUGCUUUAAGACGAGCUCAGGAAACCUGUUGGAAGACUGUGAAUGUGCACUACCGUAACGUUUUUGAGGAAAAACUCAGCAAGUGAUCAAAAAGGUACAGUUAUGUACAGCGUUAUGUAGCCUGAAGAAAAAAAAAAAAAGAAGAAAAAAAAACUUAAAAGACUUUAUCUCAAUGAACUGAUGAUGGAAACACCACUCACACCGUUCAUAAACACCACUUCAUCCAGUGUUGUUGAGCGAGACUCGCCUGGUUUCUUUGGAAAUCCUGUGAAAAGUUAUACAAACUGUCAAUACACAACAGUAGAGGCUUUUUUUAAAUGCAGCAUUUAUAUUGUAUAGUCAUACAGUAUAUUAAGACUAAUAUUAGCAAUAUUUUAACUUGAAGUCUAUUUAUACAAAGUCAGCUUUAUUUAUUGUAGUGUCUUCUUUUUGUCGGGCGUAGCGUUUUAUUGUGUCCUGUAGUUGCUGGGCGUUGUUGUUUAGACCAGGACGACCUGAACAUCCACUGCUCAUUUCCACCAGCACGUGGAAAAGACGUUGCAGUAUGGAUUUAGUGUCUGUUGUAAAUAAUAAUUAAGUGUCUGAUUUAUGAGUCCAGGCAUUAAAAAAACAAAAACAUUUAAAUUAGAGCUGCAAAGGUUAGUGAAUCCACAGAAAAUGAAUCGGCUUUCUGGGAUUUGAACAUCUUUGGGUUUUGGACUGUUGGUCGGACACAACAGCCAAAUUUAACGCAUCACAGUGAGCUAUGAAAAAAUUCAGUUUAGUUUUUCACUAUUAACAUUUCAUAGACAAAAAGAUGGAAUGAUUGUUUAAUCGAAAAAAUAAUCAGCGGCUUUACAAAUAAUGAAAGUAAUCAGCAGCGGCAGCCCUAAUUUAAAAUAUGUAAAACCACUUUUUAAGCUGCCUUUAAUGUUAGCCCCGUGUCUGAAGUUAAAUGUCGCCGAGCUGCUCCACCAGUACAAUAGUGCUCUACCUUUAAUGUCAUUUUAAUGGAAAGUUUGUUCCAAAACGGUAUAUUUUUGGUUUGUUUACAAUUUUUUUUUGUCAGUAUUACCGUUCACCGUCUUUGUGCUAAACGUGCCGACCGUAAGGAUGAAGGGGGGCUUGCAGAGAAACACACACCUGUGAUCAUAAGAUGUAGUUUUUCAUUCAUUUCUGUGGUUUUACCUAAGUUGAGAGAUGAAUUUGAAGGCGGGAGAGAGCCCGCUACAGUAGAACAGUUUGUCCAGAGUGCACAGCUGCCGCACAGCACAGGCACUCCUCUGUACGUGCUCUGUCAACGCCGACGGACAACACGUUCAGGUGAUUUCUGGCUGCCAUAUUGGAGGUUUACACUUCUUCACAAAGCCGGUUGCAUUUCCUAAAGGAAAAUUCUGCCACCCUGCAACUUGGAUUUUAUUUUACGAAGUUUUGGCCACAAUUUUCUGUCAGUUAAUUAGUUAUUAAUUCAUGUACGGCCACAGUGGCUGAAAGGAAGACAAGUGGUCAGUUUGCCAGUAAUGCAGAAGUAAUGGAAACAAAUAAUCAUAUACUGUAUGUGCUGUCAGACCAUUCGCAGUGAAUUCACUGUAAGCUUUAAUACUUUAUAUUUGACAGACUGACCAUGCAGCAGACUGACAGCAAACACAAGGGGUAAAAAUAUUUAGAACUAGGUGGUGGCGAUAGUCAGGUAUCACAAGUGCAAAUAGACUUGGCCUGUCCAAAUGAAGUUUUCAGAGAGGAAAAACUUUGCAGCGAAGACGGCCUCUCUCUUAGCCUGAUUCCUUGGUCAGACUAAGUUCACAGCACGCCACAACGAAUCCACAGCAGUGUGGAAAUGUCAAACGGCAGUGGGAACCUUUCAGAACACAGAGCAGAUCCACGUAACACCAGCCACAGCUGUAACAACACAGGUAAAGCAAUAAAAAAACAACAACAACAAUCGUUCCAUUACAACCAGUGCAGGAUAGUAGGCCGUCAGACAGCCUACGCCAGUGUGCUACAGGAUGAUCAGGUUCGGACACGCCUGCGUUGGCGGUUCGGACCGCCGCUUUAGCAGCAGUUUAGCCGAACCCGUGCCUGUUUUGACACAGCAAUGAGGUCCAGUCUAUGUGCAGCCGCGUCUUGAGCUCUUAGCUGGACCCGUUGUAAGCUGCAGCUGAGCUUGUCAGAAGCUAAGCGACGGAGCCAUAGACCCGAACAGUCAGUCGGACAACAAACAAGUUUAUCCAGAAUAGCUAAACCACUUUAUUUGGAGGUAAAACUGGAAGUGAGCACACCUGAUUGGUUGAUAGUAAUCCAUCGUUGCACAGGGAAGUGUUUUUAACCUUGAAUAUCUGACAAAAUAGCUUUACCCAGGCCGUCACUAGUUGUUAAGUUACACAUGUACAUAUCUGUUUAUGCUUUUGCGGUACAAAUUGUUAAACCAGCCUGUAGUUCUACAACCACGUACCUGAAUGUUUAUGCAGUCAUUUGUUAGGUCUUGCACCUGAAUGUGGCUGCUCUAAGUCACAUUAUUGAGAUUUAAUUAUUUUUAGAGCUGAUUUUUUUUUUCUUUUCCUUUUUUUAAAUAUAAAAUAUCUGCACAUACACAUUUAGAAGUUUUGUAAGAAGCUCACAGUGCAGCAGAGAAGCCACAGCUUUAGUAAAAUGUUUUAAAUAUCGCCCGAGGUAAAACUCAGUCAUACAGCAGCUCUAAUUUGAUACGGUCGAGAGAAAGCCAAAAAGGGAUUUUCAUUUCAGUGGCCACAGGAAAUACUAAUAAUGCAGCAACAGAUGGUAGGAUAGCAUUUGUUCCCGUUAGCGUUUGCUGUUUCAGCACAUAUCAACACGUGUUAGAGCCACAUUGAACAGAACUUCUGGAUCCCUCUAAAAACUGUUUCAACACAUGAUGCUGUUCCCACACAGAUAACCUUCUACUCUCAUGCGUAACAAAUGCAGAAAUGGAAGAACUGAAACCACAUUGGUGUUGAGAUUUUUUUUUUUUUUGUUGGGCCACGGAAAACUAGGAGAGGUCGGAUGAUGUCUUAAAAUGUCUUCUGAGGCCCCUUUACGCCGUUGGAGUUUGAGCUGUCUGAGACGAAAGUUUUUUGUUUUUUUAAAAGGCGCACCGGUCAGUGUGUUCUGUGUACUUCCAUAUCAGACUCUGAUUGGAUGGUUUGUAAAUGUUAGUCAUUGGAGAAUUUAUUAAUCAAUGUCUGAUACUGUCAGAAUUCGGCUGCAGGCUGUCUUUGGUUGCCAAAGAUGCAAACCGGCCUUCAGACGUGUGGAUGUGUCUCUCGGACCGUCGUUUUGGUUCGACAACCAAAGAUUUUACCGCAUUCCCCUCGCGAUUGUCAUCUUUUGUCACAGGCAGCAGAAAAUCACAGAGUUUAAAGGGGUCUUACGUGAUCCUUGUUGAAAAGUCUAAAAAGCGCCUUAAGGGGGAUGGACAUUGAUAGGAACCAUGUAAUGAAUAAACAGUUUUUAUUAACAUGCACUUUGCAAAGUAUCUGUAAAAGUACAGAAAGUAAAUCAGGACUUUAAUGUGACUGAAUAGAUUCUGGAUGGAACUGGAUUUUGGCAGGAUAUAAACAGGUCAGUGUCACCAAACAUUACUUCUUGUUUUCAUGUGUAUAUUGAUCAGACAUGACUGACAGACUGACACAGUGGUUGAAGGAGGACCUCAUGUAAAAACUCAUAAAGGUCCCAUGAAUGUCAACCUUGCGUGUGAGGAAACCGGUGCCGGAAAAGUCAGCAAUCCGCACUUUGCUCCCUAGAGAGUGAACCGUUUGCUUUCAGCCCGAAGAGCUGGUCGAUCCGGCAGGUCCAGGAAGAGGUCACAUCGACUACGAUGUCAGCAGCUCGGAAAAGCUGCCAUCCACCGGUGGAUUUUUGUUUUAAAAAAAUAAGAAAAAUAAAAAAGUUGUACAAAUGAAUGAUUUUGCAGAAUCUGGGCCAUGUAAAUUUUGACUUGCCCUUUGUAGAGGUCACAUUUUAUAACAAUUUAUUCACACGUGCUAAGGUCCUGUUGGAUGUGGUGAAGGUUCUGUACAGGGACCAGAUCUACAGGACUGUUUAACUGUAAAU